GUGGCACUACACUCACGAGGCGGUUUAUAUAGUGACACUACACUCACGAGGCGGUUUAGUGGCACUACGCGCGGUUCCUUUGAUCUCUAGGGUUCUGUGGUACAAACAAGCUUGUCCAGUCCAAUUUUUCAUUUUUUCUUCUUAGUUAUCUGCCCUCCCCUGAACGCAAUGGAAAAUGGACUAACAUCAACUGGGGGGUUCUCCCCUGGAUCAGUGGCUAAUUACACAUGCAACGAUGGCUAUGUCUUGGAGGGAGACAGUAGAAGAGUCUGCCAGGCAACUGGGGCAUGGACUGGUGAAGAACCACAGUGUGUUGAGGGUACAUAAUUGUACAUACAUAAUCGUCGUAACUAGCUAAUGCCCUACUAUUUUAGGGCGCCCGCAGCGUGACCUCGCUAUAACAUAGCAGGCGCUGAUAGCAAGCACACGCCACACGCUGCCACACACAGCACGGGUUCCGCUACUCCGUUCCCGCGCCCACAGUCAUUUGGGUUAUCUGCCCUCCCCUGAACGCAAUGGAAAACGGACUAACAUCAACUGGGGGGUUCUCCCCUGGAUCAGUGGCUAAUUACACAUGCAACGAUGGCUAUGUCUUGGAGGGAGACAGUAGAAGAGUCUGCCAGGCAACUGGGGCAUGGACUGGUGAAGAACCACAGUGUGUUGAGGGCCCACCUUCAAUUACAAACGUUACAACGGACUCAACUACGAGCCUAAGUGUGUUGUGGGCCCACUCAGUAGCUGGACAGCCGACAUGUUACUACCUCAUCACCUACAUCUGUCUAGCAAACGGCUCCAACUCGGUCUACCAUGAAAAGAGGACCCUUACAGUGCCUGCUGGGAAUACCUCUGUUGUUCUCAGUGAUGUUGAGCUGCCACCGGGGAGCGUGCACGUGGUUGUCGUCACUGCAGUUUCGGGAGACGUGUCUCGGUCAUCAGAACUUAAAUAUAUUGACAUAUCCUCAGCUGUGACCCCAGCACUUGUGACUGUUGUGUGGAACUCUCAGACUCAGACCUCUGCUACCCUCGAAUGGCCUCGAGGGUUCUGUUGGGACUAUGUUGUCAUAUGCUACUCCCUCAGCGGGAAGGAUCAAAUUCUCGUGUCCUUAUUCUCACGUGCUGUUCUGAAUGAUCUUUACCAGGAGACAUACAUUGCUGUUGUGAUCUGUAGCUCUUUCCGUGAUGGCUAUACUGUAGACACCUAUGCUCCAAUUUUGCUGAAAUAGCGACUUUAAAGCUUAAGGAGAGUUGAAUAAGGAAAUUUAACAAGAGACUUGAACGCUAAAAACUAUGAACUGUAGACAUACUUGUUUGUUGAUAGAAAUUUAGUUUCCAUUAGAUUAAUACUCUUUUGGUACAUGGUUGUGAGAAUCUAUACCUGCUACAGUCUGUGCGCAUCUGCAAUGUGA